AUGGGGGAUGUGCAAUCUGAGGUGCCACUGCGAAGUGAGAAGCCAGAACCUCACGAUCCAAAUCUACCCACAACAAUAAACUCCACCUCCACUCAAGCACUUGACAAUGGCGAGAGCAAGUUGACCGAGCCUGUUGCUUAUUCGAUGAAACUGGAACUCGAAAGAACACCCGAGCUUUUUCAGCAGGCAAUCUCAAACGGCAAUCAGUCUCCAACUACGCCCCAUACAGCUAACAGAAUUACUUCUCAACCUGCGCCGAGCAGUUCGAAUGACGUAGCUAUGGAAGGGGAUCCUCAAAAUAAUGCCGACAGUGGCAUAAAGACUGCCAAGCCCACACUGCUCAGGCUAGUUGUCUCUGUGGGUAAUAAUGGAAGCUCACAAAUACGGCAGUUCAAAAACGAUCUCAACCUACGAGAGAACGAGACAGUGGUAGAACAGACAUUGAGUGAUAGCGUUGACGACAAAGAGUACCAAAUUGUCACGUUGUGUAUUGAGUAUGAUGGCUCGUUUAUCGAGAAUAUGAAGUCAUUGAGCGACUUUGUCCAUAGAGAUGUCAUCAAGAAGGCAAAGGAAGUCUCGUAUCACAUUGACUUUGACAGCUCAAAGAAAUGGAGUGAAGUCAGUGAUCAGGAAAAGGAACAGUACACGAAGUUUGUCGAGGAAUUGGCCAAGGAGGCGGCCGCAAAAGUUACUCACUGCUCUUUGAUAAAUAAGUAUGAUUUGAGCACUGUGUUCGUGACAGAGAAGGACCAGUUAUCGAAACUAGGGAACGAGAUUCUGGCUGAUGUUAACAGGUGGUCCAAUCUAAGAAUUCUAGACUACGGUUUAAAUUCACUACGGUUUUUUCCUGGUGUGAGAUUUCCUGAUAGCAUAGAGGUGAUGCAUGUGGGAGGCGGUAGAGCUCUUGAGACCCUUGCUGGGUUCAAGAUUCCGACCAAUCUCAAGGCUCUCGAUGCAUCAAGGUGUACUCUUACCUCAAUUGACUACAUCUCCCUACCGCCAACAACUGAGCAUCUACUUCUCUCUGAAAACAGGAUAUAUUUUCUCAACUACGCAGAUCUCCCCCCUCGUUUGCAGACACUAGAUCUUUCGAACAAUUGCAUCGAUCUGUUGAAAAACAUCAAUUUUCCAAAAAGCCUCCGCUAUUUAUCUGUCUCAUACAAUCCCAUAGAGUGCAUCAAAGGAGCUAGAUUCCCUGAUAACAUCGAGUAUUUGGAUGUUUCGUGUAUUCCAAAUGAGUCCAUGGCAGGUAUCAAGUUUCCAGAUCUGGCUAUCUGGUUAAACCUUCAGCAAUCAAUGACGAACACGAGAGGAUUGAAGAUACCCCCUUCGGUUAGAGAGCUCAAUAUGGCAGGAAAUGGGGUCAACAGCAUCAAUCCUUUGAAGCUACCGAACUCAAUAGAAUGCCUCUUAUUGUCCAACAACAAUAUCAAGACAUUGAACAAGGUGACCUUUCCUAGUUGCUUGAGAGAGCUCUAUUUGGGGAACAAUUCGAUUACCACUCUCAAAAAUUUCCAAUUCCCACCGACUUUAGAGAUUCUCGACCUUGAGAUGGAUCCUCAUUUGGAAGAGAAUGAAAAGUUUAUCACUUCAAUAAAGGACAUAGUCUUAGGGCCUAAUCUCAGGGUUUUGAAUCUCGGAUAUCAUCUGAUCAAGAACAUCGAAUCGAUGGAUUUUCCAUUUUCGUUGGAGGAACUCAAGCUUCAGUACAACGAUCUCCGGGUUUUCAGAAACGUUCGCUUUGGACCAAAUCUUAGACUUCUUGACCUCAGUGGUAACCAAGAUCUCUAUAACAUCGAUGGCGUUGUUUUUCCCAAUUCAUUGAAGGAACUCAGAGUACCUUCUGUGCUUGUUCCGAAUUUACCCGGCGUGCUUGUGAGUAGAAUCAAUCUGGGAGAAAUCAAAAUUACGAAGUCAAUGCCCUAUACGAUAUGA